AUGCCCCUUCAUUCUAAAGGAAAAAGAAAAGCUAAAGAUCAAGCUAGAAAUGCGACAGGACUGUAUAAAAAAAUACAUCACACCACUUCAAUAGCCGAUCAUGAUAUUGAAGUAAACGAAUUUAACGGACUAGAUGUUAGUGAUAGAGA